AUCGAUUUUGACGAAAGCGUUAAAGAAAGUCGAAUUGUUGUCAAACCACAUGUUGAUGAGUUCGAAGUCGCGCGUGAAAUUAGCACAUCGAUUCCCACUGAAUUUGCAUCCACUUUGAAUGUAAUUUAUUUUCCCCAAUUGGGAUACCUUGUCACUGUCCCGUUAAAGCCAGAAUGGAGGGAUGAAGAGGAUUUUAAAAUUGACGGGUUGUAUUAUCAA